AAAAUCAACUGCACACAGUACUUAACACUCGUACGCACUCACACGUAGUAGAAGUUGGCGAAGCGACUCAUUUUUUCAAAGUUUUCACUCCGACAAGAAAGGGGCGCUUAAAAUGCUGCAAAGCAAGAAUUUGAGAUUUUCAAUAGGCUCGCAUGGUAGGAGAUCGCAUCGUGGGGAAAUGCAGUGGAGAAAAUAAGAGUGAAUUAUCCCAUUGAAAGUAUGCCGUCAAUUACUAGGCUAACACGAAUUAAAUGGACUAAAUCAAAGAUUAUUCUCGGCUUUAUCGCUGUCAGUUUCAUAUCGUUGGUCAUGCUUUUAUUCAUGGUUGAUGUUACCUCCAAAAUUGCAGUCAGUAACGAGGGUCGGAAAAAAUCAGCAUUGUCGAUCUUUACAGAUAGGAAUUAUUCUGUACUCAGGAGUAUAAGUGGUCAAAUAUCAUCCUACCAGAAGAACUCAUCGCAUCUAAAAAGAACUAUUCCAUUACCUACUUGCAUCCACCCGGUAAUCAUUAGUAAUGCAUCGGCGGCUCGACUCCGGCCGGACGUUUCUUUCGUGACGUUGGACGAGGUGUGCUGGCAGACCUUUGGGGAUAACAUGUCAACCGUGGGUAAGAUGUCCCGACUUAGCAACAAGCUUCUUGGGGAGAUGAACGUGACUGCUGUCUCGGAGGAAAGGAACCAGACAGCUGAUGAGGUGUUCCAUGACCUUGGGCUCAUGAUAGACGUGGAAGGGUACAUCUACCUACCAGGUGGACAUUGGAAGCCCAUCGAUUGUGAUCCCAAAUGGAAAGUUGCCUUUGUGGUUCCAUUUCGAGAUCGAAUCGACCAUCUUGCCAUAUUCCUUCGUCAUAUGAUACCAAUCCUACAGCUGCAGAAACUAGAAUUCUCUAUUUUCAUUGUCGAACAGAAUAACAACAUGAGUUUCAACCGAGCAAUGCUACUCAACGUCGGGUUCUUGGAAGCCUUGAAGCUAACACGAUACGACUGCUAUGUAUUCCACGAUGUCGACCACCUGGCCCUCAACGCCAACAACUACUACGGAUGCGAUUCCAUGCCACGACAUUUCAUCUCUGGCGACGACUACUGGGAUUAUCGUAUACUCUACGAUUCCUUGUUCGGCGGAGUCACAGGUCUUACCACAUCACAGAUGCGACACGUGAACGGUUUCUCAAAUAUGUACUGGGGGUGGGGUGCAGAGGACGAUGAUAUCUACAAGAGGGUACUUGCUAAAGGAUAUUUUCGAUCAAGACCGGAGGGGCCGGUCGGUUACUACGAUACUAUACACCAUGAUCACACUAUAACGUCAGCAUCACCUGAACUGUUAUGCCUUCUAGAGCACAGCUUCGAACGUACUGAAGACGAUGGUCUGAAUAGCAUAACAUACCAAGAGCCCGACAUCGAAUUGACUCCUCUAUUCACUAAGAUAUCAGUUGAUAUCCGCAAACAGGCCUGGAAAGAAAAGUGGACCAAGUGCGACCCCUUGCCGUUCGCCAAUCAAAAUCAUGAAAAUGACGGUAACCAUGGUAGCGAGCAGAACGGCAAUGAAAUGGUUUGA